UAUCAACUCAUUCUUACAGACUUAGAAGCCAUAGAGUUUCUUAGGAGGAAGAGAGUACAUUCUAUAAUGUCUUGGUUUCUAACCAUAUUCCUUCUCAUUAGUCUAGCAUUUAUCACUCCUUCAGAGGCUAACCAUGAGGAGAAGGUUCAAUCUGCCGUUGUUAUAGGCAAAGUAUACUGUGAUACAUGCUUCCAAGACGGGUUCGCGAAAACUAGCCACUUCAUUUCUGGGGCCUCUGUUGGUGUGGAGUGCAAAGAUGAGAGUUCAUCGAAACCAAGUUUUCAAGCACAAGUGAAAACAGAUAACCAAGGAGUGUUCAAAGUCCACUUGCCUUUCUCAGUAAGCAAACAUGUGAAGGAAAUUGAAGGGUGUUCUGUGAAGCUAAUCAGCAGCAGUGAACCCCACUGUGCUGUGGCCUCAACAGCAGCUUCAUCUUCGCUUCCCCUCAAGUCCAGGAAGCAAGGAACACACAUUUUCUCAGCUGGGUUUUUCGCCUUCAAGCCCCUAAAGCAAGGCAACCUAUGUAACCAAAAAUCAAGCUCCAACAAGCUGCCAUUUUCCUCACCAAUUCAACAACAAGACAUAUUGGGAAUUGGACUUCCAGGUCUUCCAGGACUACCAGGUUUGCCGGGCCUUCCAGGUCUACCUGGACUUCCGGGUCUUCCAGGACUUCCAGGAAUUGGAGCUCAGCCAGAGCAAAUACCAGAGUCCAAAUAUGAAACCAAAACUGCUACUUCUAAGGUAGAGAGGCACCUAAUUGGCCUGGGUCUUCCGGGACUGCCUGGACUUCCAGGUCUUCCUGGACUUCCAGGAAUCGGAGCUCAGCCAGAGCAAAUACCAGAGUCCAAAUCUGAAACCAAAACUGCUACUUCUAAGGGAGAGAGGCACCUACUUGUCCUGGGUCUUCCGGGUCUUCCAGGACUCCCAGGACUCCCAGGACUCCCAGGUCUUCCAGGAAUCGGUGCUCAGCCAGAGCAAAUACCAGAGUCUAAAUCUGAAACCAAAACUGCUACUUCUAAGGGAGAGAGGCACCUACUUGUCCUGGGUCUUCCGGGUCUUCCAGGACUCCCAGGACUUCCAGGACUCCCAGGAAUCGGAGCUCAGCCAGAGCAAAUACCAGAGUCUAAAUCUGAAACCAAAACUGCUACUUCUAAGGGAGAGAGGCACCUACUUGUCCUGGGUCUUCCGGGUCUUCCAGGACUCCCAGGACUUCCAGGACUCCCAGGUCUUCCAGGACUUCCAGGAAUCGGAGCCCGCACAGAAAAAAUUACAGAGAAAAAUGAUGAUGGAGCCCAGGCCGUCCCACUUGCUUCUUCUUCUCCUUGAUUAAUCACACCACUUGAUGUAUAACUAAACUAAAUUUCUCAAAUAAUGUCUUACAAUUGACAUCUGCUUUCUAGGGUUUGUAAGUUUGUACUUUGUAAGGACGAAGCCACGAGCAUAAUGUAAAUUAUUGUACUUCGGAAUAAAGCUUUAUGUGUUUCCUUGUCUUA